AUGAGUCUUCUUUCGAAUUUCGCUAAACUGGUAAUCAAAUCACAAGCUCAAUUCCAUCAAUCUAUUCCAUCAUGUUCGUCAGUAUUCAUGAAACGUCAAAAGAAAAUUGAUCCAGAAGUUGCUAAACAACGUGAAGCUCGUCGCAGAAAACGACUUGAAAAAGAAAUCCGUCAAAUGCAAAAACAUUCGAAGAAACCAAAACCAGUUGAUGAAUUGACACUUGAUGUGAAAUCUGCGAAAAAUAUUGAGUGAGUCAUUAUUUAUCAAAAAUGCUGAAUUUUUAUUGAUUUUUAUCAUUUCAAUCGAAGUCACGUCAAAAUUACCACGUAUUUUUGCUAUUGAAAAUGUUCAUUUCAAAAUUAUUGUUUGAAUUAACCAGAUGUUGAUUCAAAAUCUAUAGAACACUAAUUUUGCGAUUAUCGUUAGGACAGCAAAUUGUGUGUUUUUUCAAUCAUUAAAAUGUUAUAUAUCUUGACUUACUUGUUUUUAUUACAGAGAGAGGUAUCGCCCGAAAGUUGAAGUCACAAUUGAAAAAAUCGAUGAGCGAGCAAUUUCAAUGAAAGAAUAUACAAGAAGUCGAAACGAAUUACAAAGAUUGGAUGAUAAAUGGAUUGCUGGUGUGAUUGCUUCUCAACGAAAAGCUUUAAACGAACUCAAAAAAUUGGAUCCGAAAUUAUAUGAAAGUGCAAUUCAACCAGCUCCAGGUGAUCUUCCUUUGAUUAUUCAGGGUCCUUCUUUGACUCCACCAAUUAAAAAUUAUGAAGCUCCAGAUGGUGAUUAUAUAGAUACAACAAGAAAUUGGUAG